AUGGAGCGCACGCAGGACUGCAUUGGGAUGUUUAUUCUGGGCUUGUUUGCGGCGCUCUCCCCGGUGUUGAGUUUUAACCUUUACGCGCAGCAUCCCAGCGUUUACAAAGGACCCGACGGGAGUUAUUUUGGUUAUUCUGUGGACUUCUAUCAACCUUCUACGGACAGCAACACGGUGAGUGUGCUGGUGGGGGCUCCCAAGGCAAACACAUCCCAGCCGGGGAUCGUGGAGGCAGGGGCUGUCUACUACUGCCCUUGGCCUGGACAGACUGACAGCUGCAGACAGAUACCUUUUGACAAUUCAAAUAACCGGAUGAUAAAAGUGAACGGAAGCCGAGAGCCGCUGGAAUUCAAGUCGCAUCAAUGGUUUGGGGCUUCGGUCCGGACGCACAGAGAGAAAGUGGUGGCGUGCGCCCCUCUGUACCACUGGCGCACGGUGAAGAUGAGCGGGGAGCAGGACCCGGUCGGGACGUGUUAUGUGGCGGUGCAGAACUUCAGCGCCUACGCAGAGUACUCUCCCUGCAGGACCAACGACCCAGACCCAGAGGGACAGGGCUUCUGCCAGGCCGGCUUCAGCGUGGACUUCACAAAGGAAGGAACGCUGGUGGUUGGAGGACCUGGGAGCUUUUACUGGCAAGGUCAGGUGAUGACAGCUGGGAUCGCAGAGAUACUGAACGGAUACUCGCUGAAGGCAGUGCUCCGGCGAGUGCCCGGUGAGAAGUCCACUCGAGCGGCCGAAGACUCCCACGACGACAGCUAUCUGGGUUACUCUGUGGCUGUGGGAGAGUUCACAGGAGACUCAGCACAAGAGCUGAUUACCGGAGUCCCGCGAGGAGCGCAGAAUUUUGGAUAUGUGGCCGUGAUUAACUCUACCAACAUGACCUUCCUCAUGAACUUCUCUGGGGAACAGAUGGCGUCUUAUUUUGGUUAUUCUGUGGCUGUCGCUGAUCUCAAUGCAGAUGGGAUGGACGAUGUGUUGGUGGGAGCUCCUCUGUACAUGGAGAGAGAAAUGGAGAGUAAACCUCGGGAAGUGGGCCGGGUUUACCUGUAUCUGCAGACGGCUCCGCUCGCCUUCACCAAACUUGUGGCCCUCACCGGAACAUACACCUUUGGGCGCUUCGGCACGGCUAUAGCACCCAUGGGCGACGUCAACCAAGACGGAUAUAACGACGUGGCCGUGGGAUGUCCCUUCGGAGGAGACGACAGAGGAGGACGGGUCUUUAUCUUCAAUGGGAACAAAGACGCUGCGUCGCAGGGUCUGAGCGUGAGCCAAGAGCUGAGGUCCAGGGCGCCUGGUUCAGGCCUGUCUGGCUUUGGCUUCACUCUGCGCGGAGGCCAAGACCUGGACAAGAAUCAGUAUCCUGAUCUCAUUGUCGGGGCGUUCGGUGCAGGUGAAGUGUCCGUGUACAGGGCUCAAGCUGUGAUCUCAGUGGAGGCUCAGAUGCUCCUGACGCCGAGAAUCCUGAACCCUGAAGACAGACAGUGCCGCCUGCCUCGCACAGACGUGAUGGUCACAUGUCUGAAGGUGGACGUGUGCGCGGCGGUGAGUGGAGUGGGCAUCCCCGACUCAGUGGCGCUGAGGGCGGAACUCCACCUGGAUUGGCUGAAAGGCAAUAGAGGCGGAGUCAAGCGCGUCCUCUUCACAGACACACAGCAGCCACAUCGCACGGGCAUCUUAGCCCUGGGCCAACGCAAACCUCACGCCUGCAUCUCCUACUCCAUCUACCUCAGAGAAGAGGAUGAUUUCAGGGACAAGCUGACCCCCAUAGCGCUGGCUUUGAACUACAGUUUGGCUCCUUCAGCCCAAAGUGAAGCACUGCCCCCAGUCCUCAACCACUACAGCAGCACCUUCCUGCAAGAGCAUGCCUACAUUCUCCUGGACUGCGGGGAUGACAACAUCUGUAUCCCGGAGCUCCAGAUCUCCGCUGCCAUGGACCACUCAGAGUUGGUAAUUGGAGAUGACAACCUUCUCACGCUGAUCGUAAACGCUGCUAACCAGGGGGAAGGAGCCUAUGAGACAGAGCUGCACGUCCUUCUGCCCUCGGAGGCGGACUACAUCGGAGUGGAGCGUCGCGUUGAGGCGCUGUCACAGUUGAAUUGUGAGUACAAGAUGAUCAAUGAGUCCAGAAUGGUGGUGUGCGACAUGGGCAACCCCAUGGUGGCUGGUACUCAGCUUUCGGUUGGUUUGAGGUUUUCCGUUCAGAGGUUGGAAGACGCAGGCCCCACCAUCAGCUUCGAGCUCCAGAUACACAGCUCCAACAAAGAUAGCCCUGACAGCAACAGUGUGAGUCUGGAGCUCUCAAUUGUUGCCAAAGCACAGCUGGAUCUACGAGGGGUGUCCCAUCCCUCUCAAGUGGUGCUGCCGUUCCCGCGCUGGGAGCCCAAGAAGAAGCCAGUGAGAGAGGAGGACGUGGGGCCUCAAGUCACUCACAUCUAUGAGCUGCAUAACUGGGGUCCCAGCAGUAUCCGGGAGGCCGAGCUGCAGGUCGGCUGGCCGGCCCGUUUCCGUGAGGAGAACCUCCUCUACGCCAUGGAGAUCCAAACUGAUGGACCCAUUAUCUGCAGGACCAACACCAGCCUCAACCCCCUCGGCCUCCAGAUCUCUUCGGCUCAGGACACGCCUGAACUCCUGGGCUUUCUGCGGAACACCAGCGUCUCUCACCGUCGCAACAAACGCGCUGCCUCCAGCGCUCACAGCUACAGCGGCAAAACCCUGAACUGCACAAACAUCUCGUGCCUGAGGAUCCAGUGUGUUGUGGGGAGGCUGGACCGCGGACAGAGCGCUGUGGUCAAAGUCCGCUCCAGGAUGUGGGCAGACACCUUUCUACAGCGGCACAACGACCCGUACGUCCUCAACUCCACCGUGUCCUUCUUGGUCACCGCGAUGCCGUACCGCGUCCAGCCUACCAUCCUGCCUCAACACAGCACCUCGAUGGGCACUCAUGUGUUGUGGGGCACUCCUGACGUGUCCUUCGCUGUUCCGCUCUGGGUCAUCAUCCUGGCCAUCCUGCUGGGGCUGUUGGUGCUGGCCAUGUUGACGUUAGCCAUGUGGAAGUGCGGUUUCUUCGAUCGAGCUCGGCCCCCGGCGGACGACAACAUCUCGGACCAGGAGCAGCUCACCUCGGACCGCACCAGCAAUGCAUAA